UCCGGCACCAACCCAGUAGUCCGUUGGUACAGUAUAUAUACCAGUACGAGUGGGCGUUCCCCCCAAUCCCCGAGUCGAAUCGAAACCAAAUCCUAGCGAGCGAGCGAGCGAAUUCCUUCACCGCAUCCGGCACGAUGGAGCGGAUCGACGCCCUGAAGGCCCGCAGGGGCAAGCUCGCCGACGAUCCAUGCCUCAGGCGGCUCCGUAACCGGCGGCUCAUCGUCUCCCUCUAUCUCCAGCCCGCCCACGACUGGAUGCUCCACGAGACGGAUUUGUUCAUGAGCGGCCGGCAUCUGCAGCAGCUGGUGGCCUGCGGCCAGUGGAGGCAAGCCCUCGACUACAUCCGGCGCUUCCUGCCGCCGGCCAUAGGGGGCGUCGAGGCCCGCACCCUCUGUCUCUUCCUCCACGCCUUGUGGGCCGUGGACAACGCCGCCGCCUGCUCGAUGGGCGCCCCCGUCACCACCGCUGCGUACAACCACGACGUCCGCAUCCUGACCACCAUGUGCGCUAGCAACGCCAAGCUCUCUUCCAUCCUCAACAAGAUACACCACUCGCCCAAAUUCAGGGCAUCCCUGGACUGGAAACUGGUAAGGGAGAAGGCAUCGCUGAUUGCUGAUGACUUGGCGCUUGAUUCUCCAGAGUUGAGACGCAGGUUGCUACUGCCCCGCGACUUGCUUCCCAUCGGUCCCUGUCAUCGAAGGCACCACUUGAAGAAACAAGCCCUGCGGCCAGCAUCAUCUGCUAUUGCCAAGUGGUAUCUCAACAGGAAGAAGAGCCUGCCUUCUUCAACCCCAGCUAUCGGUUUGAACUCUGAGGGACAAAAUCGGGUGGUGGAUCUUAUCGAGGAAUGUUUAAAAGCGGGUACAGUUGUGGAGCUCGAUCAAGGGCACCUAUUUCAGUCAAGUGCGAUGGCAGGUGCUUUUAGUACUCCAUUCUCACAGACCAUGUUCGGUACGACAGGUCCUACUAAAAACAGUGAAACUUCAUUCGUGACAAAUACAGGUGCUCCAACUUUCACAGGUGAUUCAGUCUCACGGCCUGCUAAAAUCCCUUGGAUCAUAUCUUCCACAAAUGCAGGUGCUUUUAGCACUCCAUCUUCGCAGAUAAUGCUUCAUACGACAGGUUCAACUAAAAACAUUGAGACUUCAUCAGUGACAAGUGCAGGUGCUCCAACUUUCACAGGUUUGCUUAAUUAUCUUCAUUGGAACCCAUCAGUUGCAAAUUCAGGUGAUUCAGUCUCACAGCCUGCUAAAAUGAAAAUCCCUUGGAUCAUAUCUGCCACAAAUGCAGACCCAGUCGAUCUAAGAGAGAGGCUGACAACUGCUGAGGAAGACGAUCGCGAUAAAAAAGGCAACGGACUAAUAGAUUGGAGCUAGCGUCUGAAACUGAAGCUGGUACUGGCGCCAUGAACUUGAUAGCCUGAUUGAGUCGGGCCUUACUCGCUGUGCUCCUUCAAGUCGAAUAGUUGCAAUUGUGUUGGAGGAUACCAUUAAGGAGGUGUUUGGAUUAGAGAGUGGUAACGUCAAUGGUAAAGGAAUUAGAUCACGCUGGUAUCGGGACGUAAUGGAUAAAUCCUUGUUUUGUUUGGUUCAUGCCUGUAAAUGAAUCUAGUUAGACUUCAUGAUUGUUGCGGCCGGUGGCUGAAAAAGGAGAGCAGACAAGGGAGAGGCCGGAGGAUCAAGGACAGAAGGAGGGAGGACUAGCCGGCCAUCGGAGACGGGAAGGCACAUCUGAUUGAUUUCUGAUUGUAAGACCGAGACUUGUGAUCCAUCGGCUCGAUUGCAGUAGUUGAAGAAACAGAGGGAACCGAAAGCAACUCUCAAGUUCAGAGGGUGAGCAAAUCAGAAAUCUAAUUUUGUUCAUAU